AUGGUCGGUCCAGUGCGGGCGAAUGCCUUUUACGAGGUGGUCCUUCUACACGCUCCAAGGAAGCCAAGCACAAGGCCCAGUUGCGUGGACGUGUCCGUGGACUUGGCAUCGGUGUCUUUGACGCCGCCUUCGCUCCAGGGACGCUUCGUCGCACCUCUGCCAGGUGCCGACACUUGCUGGCUUUCCGGCCAAGUUCUCCCUUCCGAGAUCCACAUCCGUGAAGGCGUAACAACUGUUGUGGAGGGCGAGUACCUGCUUCCUCCGGCGGGCGGCAGCCAUGCUAUCCAGAUCGUCGGGGCUGCUUCCGACGUGAUCCUCAAAGCCGUUGUCUCCUCGGCGGAUGCGGAGGUCCGCAUAGGGCAGGUGCCGCUGACUUUCGACGGCCUGGGGGAAGAUCGCUUCUUCAGCACAGGAGCUCUUCGCAGUUUUAGUGUCCGCGCUGCGCGCCUGGCGACCGUGUCGGUCAGCUGUCCACUGCUCAAGCUGCACGUGGUGCUCAUGAUGCAAAGCUCCGCGCAGUCGUGUCCCAGCGCUGGGGCGACUUCCUUGCAGGAGUUCGCGACACAUUUGGCGGAGGCGCUCGCCGAGCAGCCGGCGGACACGGCGGCCCUGAGACAGCUCUCCGCCACGCUGCCUGGCCAGGACUUCUCAGCUGCCUCUGUGGCCGUAGCCGUGUCUGCAGCGACGGUCGAAAUGCGGGUUGAGCUGAGCAUGGAGGCGCCCUGGCUGCCCCUGGAGCUGCUCCUGCUUCGCCAGGGCCAAGAGGAGAAGGCAUGGGCUCGGGCACGGCCCAGCGGCCGGCGACUGGUUUUGCUGCUGCCCAACCUGCCCAAGGGCCAAUACCAACUGAUGUUGAAGACCUGGGUGCCGAGCGGUUCGUUGCCGAGCGGCUGUGUGCAGUUGUUGGGCACGGCGGCCCUCCUUGCACCGGGCGGCAGGGACACCUCCAACUAUCGACAGGAGAUGCUCGACCUGCCGGAAGUCCUGGCCGUAACGGCGCCGCCAGCAAAGCUGACGCCGGGUUGGUGGCAGGUGAUGGACCGCAUGCUGUUCUCGGAGAUAUUUGCCAUUCCGGCAGGUGGCGCGUCGGUAUCCGAAGUCUCCUUGGAUGCGCCGGCAGUUCUCCGCAUCGUGGCCGAGCCUGCAGAUAUCCUUGCUCCGAGGAUGUCAGUCGAGAUACACCAAGGCCUCACGGAGGUGAUGCCAAGCUCGAGCGUAGUUGGCCCUGGAGUGGUCUUCCAGCUACAAGCAGGCUCCUACGAGCUGAGAUUCCGCAACGCAGACACGGUCUGCAGUGGAUGCCCUCAUGAUUCAGUUCCCUUCUUCGUGACUGUCGGCCUAGCAGGGACGGAUUCGGCCGCAGAACACAGCGUUCAGUGCGACAGCGUGACCAGGAUGAUGGAUCUGGGUGCCAGUCUCAAGGAAGAAAGCGCUUACCAGUCGACCAACCACCUGAAUAUCCGAGCUCUUCCCUCGUCAAUGAAGUUGCCGGUCAAGGUGGCACAACCGUCUGUGGUCACCAUUGCAGCCUGGUCGCCCUUCAUCGAUCACUACGUUCGCGUGGCCCUCGUCACGGAAGAGGGCCUGUGGGUUGGUGAGCAGCGAUGCAGGCGCAGCUCCUUAGAGAUCGAGCUGCCGCCGGGGGACUACCAGAUGAUCGUGGAGGAGCCAGCUCCCCUCGCACCAAGUCCAGCCGGAUGUAUGGCUAUGGGUGUGUCGGUAUCCCUGGCUCCCUUCACUUCCGUGGUGCGUUCCCAACGUCCCGGUGAGGUGGCCACGCACUCGGUGGCUGCCACUCUCCCUGGGUUCCUUGGCCCCGGACUUGGUUUGGGAGCCCGCUGUGACAGCCUCGGUGCACUACCACUGCCACUGGACGUGAUCUCAUCGACAGGCGGCUCGCUGGGCUUCGGGGGUCCCAUUGACGGCAGCGGACGACUGCUGAUGAGGCAACGCGUGAUGCUGACGGACAUCCACGACGGCCGCAAGAAGGUGUUCAUGCGCGUGCCGGUGCGGUCGCUGAUCAGGAUCGCAGUGGUCUCCGCCGAUGCUGAAUCUGUAGAGGUGGUUUUGGAGGACAGCGGCCACCAGCCCGUUGUCCCAGCGGACACUCACAUUCUCGGUUCCGCAGGUGGACGUGCAGCAAGCUAUGCCUUGGAGGGCGGAGGAAAUCUGUGGGUGUCUUUUCACCGGGAGCACCGCAUCGCUGCCGGUGCAGGAUGCGCAUCCUUCGACUGGCUGCUGCAAGUGACGCCAACUGCCGAUCUUGCUGCCAUGACCGAGUGUUGGACGGACUCCGGAUCGCUUCAGGACCUCUCGACCAAGGCCGCCGACGCCUUCAGAGACAGCGCUGUGGCGACCGCGGACGCCCGUGUGAACACAGGGCAAGCGGGGGGAACCAGCAGCUCUAUUCCUCUGACCUUGGCAGACGACUCGCUCGUGGAGGUGGAGGUUCAGUUCAACUUCAUGCUGUCCAACAUCCAUCUCUGGCUCGAAACCAGUGCCGGAGCAUCGGGAGGGCCUGUCGAGGCUUCGGGUCCAGCGAUUGCUGCCCAUGGUGUCGCCGCCAGCCCACGUAACGCACAGGCCGUUCUCCAGCUCCGGCUCGCCGCAGGUCAGCAUACAAUUCGCAUCCGCCAUGAUGACGCCUUCGAAAGCCAGGCUCAGACGCAGCUGCGUUCAGGACGGUGCGUGCCGCUGGGUGUUCGUCUUCGGCGAGUGGCGCUGCACAGUUCCAAACCUGUCGUCGGGCCCUUCCUCGCUGCGCCAUUGUCGUCUGGCGCUGACUUUGUUCUGAGCAUCACGACGCCCACGGGGGAUGGAGACCCUCCGCCUCCCAGUCUGGCUGGGCUGCCCCCAACCGCGACCUCGGCGGUCAAGGGCGCAGCUACCGGAGGGUUGGUUGCCGCUUGGUCGGGCACUGCUCUUAGUCUGGCGGCGCUCACUGGCGGCCGUGCCGUGGAGCCAGCCCCUCCAGGUGCUAGUCGUCUUUGGGCGCUGCCCUUGCGCUUCGAGGGCGAAGGCGAGUCUGGGGAACUAUGGAUUGCUCUGGACCGCGCGGGAACAGGCAUUCCAUGGUCUGGCCAAUCGCCUCCUGCUCUGUCAGGUCCUCCUCGGCUGUGGCCCCCGGCCACAGGGUCGUCCCACUCCUCGGGGCUGCGCGCUGAAGUCGCCGGGCUGAUUCCGCUCAGUGAAGAGCUAGAGAAGACCGCUCACCAUCACCACCACCACGACGCCUCGGAAGGCCUGCUUUCCUCCCGCAUGCUUUUCUGGCUCAUCAUGCUGGUGGUGCUGGCCUACUAUCUCUUCACUGCACGGCCGGCGUGGUUCGUGAACUUGAUGCAGGAGGUCGGUGGCCUGCUGGAGCGGCAGAGUCAGAAGUUUGCCACGGGCAGAGAGUUCGCAGUCUCGGAGAUGGGCUCAGUAGUGGAGUUCACCUCCGCAUUCACUCGGCGCAGGGAGGAGGCCCAGCCCCGCUCAGCGGCACGCAUGUACGGCACUUUGGAUCUGUGA